GUUAUAAUUGUUCCUUUUUGAUAUUAAAACCACAACUACCCAAAAUUGUUGUAUAAAACAAAUGCUUUAGAGAAAGUCACAAGCACAAUAAAACAGAAACCGAGUGAGAAGGUGAGGGAAAAUUAAAUUUGAGUUAAUUUUCGACUUCUUUCUUUAUGGAUAUUGUUGUAACAGUUUAUCUUUAUUUUUCCAGCAAAAAUGUUUACAUUUCUGUUAAUGCUGUUCUUGGUAGGAUCAGUCUCUGCUCAAACAAGUGGUGAGUUAAUAAUACAUUUAAUAUUGGGUUUUUAUUUUUUUUAAAGUGUGUAUUAUUUACUAAAGUGUGGAUUGUUAGAAAUUCAAAGUGAAUUCAAAGAGAAUUCAAAUUUUAGACCAAAAUUGCUGAUAUAAAAAUAUAGCAGUUUUAUAUAACUUUUGCAAUUCAGCUAUUUUGUCUUAAAAUUUGAAAGUAACAUUGAAUUAAUUUAAAAUUCCCACUAAAUCACAAUUUCAUUAAUAAUUUUAAGAUUUUUUUUUUUUUUAUUGACCUAAAUUCUUAAUCUACCUUCUAGGAGAAGAGGCUGAGGAAGACUGUGAUGCCCAAGAAAAUACAGAGAUUUCGCUUCUAAGUGAAGGAAAUUCUGAAGAAUGCCAAAAUGUCUCUGUGACCCUGGACAAAACCACAUAUCCCAAAAUAUGUCCAGGGGAUGAGAAAUGUCACUACAGAUUCUUUGGCCAAUGUACUACCUUUUCUAGAGCUCAGGUUAGUGCGUGCAUCUUUGUAUGUAUUAACUAUAAUAUAGAAAUGUCAUUAAUUUAAGCUACUAAGUUAAUGUUUUUUCUACUGUUCAUUUUGUGAGAUAUUUUCAAUAUAAGUGGAAUUAAUCACUUAAGUGUUAACUGUAAGACAUUCAGAGUGAAAUUAAUGUGAAUUUUUAAGUGGCUAAAAUACCAGAACAUAAUAUGUAGCCAAAAUGUUCCUAUUCAAAAAUGUGAAAUUCACUCUGAAUUUACAACAAUUGACAUUUUAGUGAAUGACCCUGGAGGUAUUCAAAAUGCACUAAAUAAAUAUAUUAAAUAUCAGCAUACCUGUCCUCCAACCAGAGAUAUGCAACCUAAGCCAGUGAAAUUAUUGUGGGCUAUAUAUUUAACUGAACAUGGAGGCUUCCAACCUUCCCCCAUUUUCUAAAAUUCUAUGAGUAAGGAUAAAAUAAAAAACUUUUCUAUUCCAGCUAUGUUUGGCUGAGGGCUUUCUAGUGUCUCUUUAUAAAGGUAUAGCUCUUUUAAUCUGAAAAGUGCAAAUAUGAUCCCGUAGCUUCCAAAGUGGUUCUGGUGAUCUAAGAAAAUGAAAGAAAUAAAAAGAUGGAAGGGAGAAAAAGGGGAAAAUGAUAAUAAUAAUAAUAAUAAUAAAAUAAAUUAUAAAUAAAAGUAGAGAGCAGAGAAUAUAGAAUAAAAAUAAAUAACCAAUGGUACUUACACAAUGGAAACAUGUAAUUACAUAGUAGCAGUUUGGAUUAAUUUUUUUUUUACCAAUUUUGCACCUUACAUAGUAACACACAAUUAAACAUUUGACUUCCUUCCCUCUUCCCUCCAUCGUCCUACUGAAGGUAUAGUUGCAGUCUUGGAUGCAUUUUGUCAUUAAAACAGUAAUGGUGUAAUUUAUUCACGUGUAUAGAUUUGCAAUCACUUCUUAAUUACAAUGUUGUUCACAGAGACGGUGCAGACGCCUGCAUGGGAAUGUCAGUUCAAUCCACAGUUUGUGUGCCAAUAAUUACAUUGCUCGUUUUGUGAGGUGUAUAAACAGACACGUGAGAUUUGUCUGGAUUGGUGUGAUUAGAGGUGGAUGUGUAAGUAGAAUCUAAUUAUAUGAUUUAACGUGAAUCACUAAAUAGUAAAUUGUUGAGAAUUCAUAGAGGAAAUGAAAAAUUGUGUAGAUGUAUUGUACAGUUUUCCAGUUUUAGCUAUCUUUGUCAAAAUAUGCAAUUCUCUUUUCAAUUGCUGAACAUUUCUGUUUUAGUGAUUUACAAAUAAAUUUCAAUGCUAAGUAGUCAAAUAAUUUUUGACAAUUUGAUUAUUUACCUGGGGUUGACCAACCAUCUCUCCCCCCUCCAUUUCUAAUGCCCGAGAUAAGCCUUGCCAUGAUUAGCUUACCGCUCUGAGCCCAUGAGCUAAGCUCUACAUUGUCAGGAGAGCUAAUGUAAGUUUCUGCUUAGGAACUUCCUGUUCCAUGGCAUUAGUAGUGGAAGCAGGGAGCAGCGUCCAGUAGCUCCCAAAUAAGAAGUCAAAACAUUCAAUAGGACAGAUGUCAGGGCACUCCAGGCAUCAAAACCACUACAGCAAGCUUUAGUGGUUAAGGUGCUUGGAGUGCUCCUUUAAAUAUAUUUGUUAGUCAACGGCUAUUUUAUCCAUGCAAAGCACUGGCUUUUACCUUUUUAUUUCACAUUCAUGCACUAACUUUCUACUUUCUUUGAAUUUGCCAGGCAUGUUCACUUUAAUUGUUUUAAUUUUAUUCAAAUGUUUUUUUUUUUCUUUUUGUUUAUCUCCAGUACAAAAUGAUGUACAUUUAGAUUUCAUAGAUGUAGGUGUAGUACUACCCAGAAACCCAUUACAAAUAAAAACUCCUGUUCAUUCACUAAUAAUAAGUUCUAUAGAUCUAUAUUUAGUUAUUUAAACUACCUCCAACCCGGUUAAAACUUGCAAUCACCUAUGGACUUAUAUAUUUACAUUUAAUUAUUGGGUUUGGUAAAAACUGAAAAAAUGUUAUGCAAAUCCUUCUUCAUCAGUCAUGAACAUAUCCAGUUUUCUGCUAACAUUAAAAAAGUAAUUCUAGUUUAAGAUACCUUCCAACUGUUGUUUUUAUCAAUGACAGGCGUAACCUCAAUGUAAUAUUUUUUAAUAAGCUUAUUAAAUAAUUUCAGAUUUUUGGAUAAAGUUUUAAAAUAUUUUUUGUUCAAAAUAUUGAAAUAUCAAACAUUUUUAUAUAUUUUUCAUAUAUGAUAAACUAUUAGAAAAUGUAAAUAUUUAGCAUAUUUUAAAUCAUUAUUAAAUCACUUUAAAAGCUUUUCCAAAACUAUUAAAUCAUUUAAAAAGCUUAUCGAAGGAUAUUACAUUGAGGCCUUAGACACUAAAAUUCCAAAUUUGGUUAUUGUGCAUAUGCAAACUUUAUUGGUGCAAGAGAAAAACAAGUGACAACGUUUUUUGUCUCACUAAGAGACCUUUGUGAAGUCUAAGAGCUAGACUUGUGCAUUAGUAUUUGGACAAUCAUUACAUAUCCAAGGCCGGACUGGGGAUACGAAACAGCCCUGGAAAAAAAAUCUAUGCCAGCCCCAUAAGUCAUUGUGCUAUGUAGGGUGUUUAUUUAUGUAUAUAAUAUAAUUGCCUAUAAUAUAUAUAUAUAUAUAUAUAUAUAUAUAUAUAUAUAGGCAAUUGAAAUAGUUGGCUGCACUCUCGGAUUUCCUUAAAACGUAACUUUUAUAUAAAUAUUUAAGAGUAGAUCAAGGUUUCAGUCCCUCUUGUGGAUUUGCAUCAGGAUCAUGAUGAAAGUCCACAAGAGGGACUGAAACGUUGAUCUUCUCUUAAAUAUUUAAAUAAAAGUUAAGUUUUAAGGAAAUCUGAGAGUGCAGCCAACUAUUUCAAUUGCCUGGAUACUGGAGCCCUGGUGAUUCACCCGGUCACACAACUUUGAAGCCUGAGUGCAAGGUGCAAGAGCUUUUAUAUUUAUAUAUAUAUAUAUAUAUAUACAUAUAUAUAAAUAAAUAAAAUAUAUAUAUAUAUAUAUUUUAUUGAUACAUUUCUUCUUCUAAUUCAAAAUAUUAGUUCUUUCAGGGUAAUUAAAUUAUACAGUAAAGCAUACUCACACACAGACACAGACAAUUUUACUGAUGCACACAAAUAGGCUCAUUGACAGGCAAUCUCAAUGACACACACAGACAAGAUUACUGGCACACACACAAAUUUAGUACAGACAAUCUCUGAUACACACACAAGCUUACUACAGACAAGCUCACUGUCACACACACACUCUCCCUACAGACAAGCCCAUACACACACAUGCUCCCUACAGAAGAGCUCACUAACACACAGAUUCACUACAGACAAGCUCACUGACACACACAUGCUCACUACAGACAAGCUCACGAUCACACACAUGCUUACUAGAGACAAGCUCACUGUGCGCACAUGCUCAAGACAGACAGGCUCCGAAACAACCAUGCUCCUUACAGACAAGCUCACUAACAUGCACACACACAUAUGAUCCCUACAGACAAGCUCACUGACACACAUACAAGCUCAAUCACUAGCAGGCGCACACACACAGAGGCUUCCUCACUAGCAGAUGCGUGCACACACACACACACACACACACACAGAAGCUCGCUCGCUCACUCACAAGCAGAUGCACACACACAAAGACAUCCACACACACACAGGCAGACAGUCACUGACACCGAGGCAAACAUCCACACAUACAGAGACAGGCAGACAGCCACACACACACACACACGGUUGUUGGGGAAGCAGGGACUUCCUGCUUCCCAUGCUGCAGUUACCACGGCCGCUGCCACACGCUAAGCUCUGCCCCAGCCGCACGCUAGGCUCCACCCCGACAUUUUUUUUUUAAAUGAUCCAGGCCGGCCAUGUGUGAGCUGUGCCAGCCGCCUGGCUGUCCCUGCUCCCAUGGAACCCUGUGCGGCCGCACAGCUCGCACAUGGCUGGCUGGGAUUACAGGAGCCUGAUCAGUGACCAUUAGGGCUGUCAGCCCAGCCCCAGGUGCCGCGGCCCACCUGGAAAUUUACCGGUAUCCCGGUGUGCCAGUCCGGCCCUGUACAUAUCUGAAUUAAACAAUUAACGAUGCAUGUGAUGGAUGCAAUUCUUCUAUGUUCAGAUGACGUUCUCAGCAAUUGCAUCACAGAAAGUGGAGAGAGGGAAAGGGGGAAUGAGUUUAUUUAGGCCUCUAUUUAAUAUUUUGGAUAACCUUUUGAAAUUAUCACAACCUGGCCUUGAUUUAAUAAGCUUUCCAAAUGAUUCCAGUCUUUUACAAAAACUUGCAAAUUAUUUAUCUACCAAAAUUCCCAUAGACUUCAAUUGUGACAGUAGAUAAAUCAUUUAGAAAUACUUAUUACAGAUUGGAAUCGUUUGGAAAGCUUACCCAAAACUAUUAAGCUGAUGCUUAAAUUGAGGACUUCGUUAGAAAUACUUUUCAAAUAACUUAUCUGCAUAGACUUUGGCCUUGAUUAAUAUUUAAUAUACUUUCCAAAUUAAAGGCUACAGGAAUUUUUGUAGAUAAAUAAUUUGGAUAUUUUUUCUACCAGUAUUAAAUCAUUUGGAAAACGUAUUCAAAUAAGGCCUUAGUUUCCUAUAGUCACAAAAACGGGUAAAUGUGGUUAAUUUAUCCAUAUAAAAAAGGACAGAAUUAACUGAAACCUGUUAUAGGUGCUGUUGCAAUAUGAUUUUCUAUGAAUUAUGGUGCAUUAUUUUACCACUAAUCUAUUUUUCUUUGGUCUAUCACACUUCUUCUCAGUUACGUCGAAUCAGAAAUGUAGAUGGCAGUAAAAUAGAUUUCACCAACUGGGCAUGUGGACAACCUGGACAUAAUCACAAGUUGUGCACCGCCAUAAAUAUUUGUAGUAAGUAAAAUAAGAAAACAAAUAAAGAAUGAAACACUGGUACAUAGAUUAACUAUGAGUAUAAAAAAAAAUAAUUGUAUUACGAAAAUUGUAGAUCAAAAUUUAAAUAAAUGUCUAUCUCUACUAUUUUUACUGCUCAGUUAGAUUUGCACACAAUUUGCAAUUCCAUGUCAAACUACAGUUCACAAUACUAGUUUUGAUGUGUGUGUAUCUUUAAAGUAUUACGUAGUUACGUUUCCGAAAAUAUACGUGCGUCCAUCAAAUUCAGCCUUGUACACAUUUUUUUUGGUUGUUGAUCUAAAACAAGGCAAAAAAAAAAUAGUCUAAAGUGCUUCCAAUUUUGCAGCAAACUGGGAAAAAUCAUUUUACAACCCAGAAUGGCAGUCAGAUAUCACAUGGAUCAAGAAGCUAUUACCACACUAUUUAAAACAUAUAUCCCUAAAUAAUUAUUAAAUAUUUAUCCAAUUGCUGUUUAAACAUCUGUAGAGAAUGAUAAAACCACCUCCUCAGGCAGAACAUUUCCCAUCCUUAUUGUUCUUACUGUACAAUUUAUUUCCGUUGCCUAAGACCGAAUCUCAUUUCUUCCAGUCUAAACGUGUGACCUUGUCCUGUUUGUGAAUAGAUUUCCAGACAAUGGUUUGUAUUGGCACCAGAUAGACUUGUAUAAUGUUAUCAUAUCCCCUCUUUUUUUCUAAAACUAAAAAGGUUUAAAUUUGUUAACCUUUUUUCAUAGCUAAAAUGUUCCAUUUCUUUUAUUAAUUUUGUAGACCACCUCUGCACUUUUUUUAGUGCUAUAAUAUCCUUCUUUAGAACAGGUGCCCAAAAUUGCACAGCAUAUUCAAGAUAUGGUCUUAUCAGUGCUAUAUAAAGAGCCAACAUUGUAUUCUCAUCCCGAGAACUAAUGCCCUUUUUUUGUAAUUCUUUAUUUUGGUUGCGCAAGUAGGUACAUCGUUUCCAAAGACGCCACAACAGCGUGUAUCAACAUAUGUCAACAUAUAGUGUGUUACAGUCGUUUGCGUGUUUGCGCAUUUUGUUUCUAUAUAGAAGCCUGGUUACAAACAUCAUUUGGCAUUAGUAGCUUAGCUUAGCAAGUUAUUAGCCUGUUAUAUGCAUCAAGGUGUUGUAGUUGUAUGCAAAUAUAUCUUUGUAUGUCGAGAGCUAAUUAUAACAGGUCUGGUAGCAGUUCUGUGUGACAUUCUAUCUUGUGCUCUGUAGCGUGAGCUCAUCGAUUGCCCACGGUGUGACGUUAGGGUACAAGUAUGCUUAAGGCCGUAUAGAUAAAAUAGUUAGCACUAGGUAAGGUUUAACUGCUGCCCCUAUUGUUAACUUCGCUGAAUGUAAAGUGAAGCUAGUGGCGUAGUAGGCGCUGGUAUAAGGUAGUGUCCGCUGAAAUUAAACUGGUUAAAACAAUAACACAUAAAAAUAAAGUGGAACAUCGUGUGUACGUUGCCGUUACAGCAAGGUUCAGGUGUGAGAUUUUGCAAAUUUCGGCAGUGACAUUAAGAAUAAUUACACAGUUUUAAAUUAUUAAUGAGGAGCUUAGGCGCCGCCUCGAGGAGCAAGAAUACAGGUAUCGGCAUUAACAUUUCGUGCCGGGUGGGUAGCUGUGUGUGUGUGUGGUCGUCCGGGGGUCAACAUGUUUGUGUGUGUGUGGGGGUCAGUGGCGCUUUAGUCCCAUGAGGGAAUGUGCCCAGGCGCCCAGGGGGGGUCACUCACCGUUGUGUUCUAUGGGAUCAGGUCGAUGGGCGCUGGGUGGUGACUAGUUUAGGCGGGGAGGGGGUAUCCCGUUGUAUGUGCGGUCCGUCGGAAGUGUAGCGGUCGCAUCUGUCCAUCCAGUCGCCCGUCGGGUUGCCUUCGGCCCGGUGUCACCUCUUAGUUUAGUGGGGGGGCCCCUUGUCAGGGCGGGGGAGGGGGGAUGGGGAGGUCCUGCUCGCGUCUGUCUGUGAUGGGGUAGUAAGUCAUCGGCUCUCCCAAGGUGAGUCAGUCGGGGGGGUCCGCUCCUGCCCCAUGAUUGUGUGUGUCCUGGGACAAGUCUGCGCCUGGAGGAGGUAUUGUGUGUCGGAGAGUGUGAGUGGAGGAGGCGAUAGCCCUGGUUACAUCAACAAAGCAACCUGCAUGGGUGUAUGUUUGCGUGGUAUUGUGCGGUGUUGGUGUGAGUCACACGUGGCAAAGUUCAGUUGAGGUGGUGGCCUUGGCAUAUGAGUCCGUGCGUGGCCUCCGGGAUACAACUCUGGGGCAUUCGCGGAGUGUCUUCCAGGUGGGCGCGUAUGGUCUGCUGGGUGUGUCGCUUGAGCCAGUGUUCUGUGGGGAGGUUAAGUAACCCCAAUGCCCCAGUGGCCUCUUGCAUGUCGUGGACAACAUGCUUGGUGCCUCCCUGGUCAAUGUAGAGGGUGCGGCCCGGGCCCCAGCCGUAUCAGAUUUGGUGGAGGCGCAGGAGGGCCAUGAAUGUACUCAUGGAUCUCCUCCACGCCAGUGUCCCUCCCGAGAGGUCCGUGUAGAAGCAGAGGGUCAUCCCUUCGAAGGGGUGAACUGACUGACCUCUUGUGGCCUCCAGGACCGCCUUUUUGUCCCUGGCUGAAUGAAACUGUAUUAAUUAUUAGUAUUAAAUCCCCUGGGGCGGCAGGUGGGGCCUUUGCUGGUCGUGGUAUGUGAAAUAGACCCUCCAGGGUGAUCGCUUUCGCUGCCUUUGGAGUUAACAUCUCAGUGAGGAGUCUAACGAAGUGUGGGAGUUCAGCCUCUGGUAUGGAGUCGGCGACUUCCCUGAUUUUUAGGUUAUUUCGGCGGUGCUUGUCUUCUUGGGCGGCUAUUUGUUGUUCGUGCUGCCAGGAUUUUUGCUGCAGAUCCUUGAUUGUUGCUCGAAGGUCUGCGAUCUGGUUAAUGUGGUUGUAUGAGGAGGCUUCUACCGCUCCCAACCUGUCAGUUAUGCCUUUGAUGUCCUCUCUAAUCAUGGCCACUUCGGUCGCGAUCUUCUUAUGAUGGUCUGCCAUAAGCUCCCCAAUAGCCUCCAUGGUCACAGGAAUGGGGGCCUUCACAUGUGGUGGCGCCCGUGGUGGCGGUGGGAUCAGCAGGGCCAUUAUGGGGUCUCCCCCUUCUUCGUCUGACGACCCGUGUGUGAAGUCUGAGCAGCCUCUGAGUAGGGACGCCAUCUUGGCUCCUGCUGCAUCGUGCACCUGCCGCCAUACUUCCCCGAUGUCCAUGCUCUGGUGCGGCUUGUCGGGCUUCGCCUUCUUGCUCUUGCGGCCCAUUUGGUCUUUGUGGUUCACAGGGUCGCCCCUGGGUAAGUUUUGGUUUGGGUUUAGGUGCGGAAAAUAUUGCUUAUUUGGCUCUUUUGCCUUGAGCUCCGCGGCCAUACGACCAUCGGAGCCCUUAGCUCCGCCUCGCCAUUAAUGCCCUUUUUUAUACAUGACAACAUCUUACUGGCCUUAACCACUGCUGCUUGACAUUGCACAUUGUUGCCUAGUUUAUUGUCUAUAACAAUUCUCAAAUCCUUGUUGUGUGUUGUUAUUAAAAAAAAUAGAGCCAGAAGGAUCAGCGCUAAUCAACCGAACCAAAAUAGAGAAUUUAAAUGAACAGGUAGCACACCUCAACUAGUAGGGCUCCCUUUUAGCCCUACAAACAAUUGGAAUAGUACAAAAAGAAGUGGAAAAGAGGUAGUGCCAGAAGAGUAAAAACACUUUAUGAGUAAAAAUAGCACAGAAAGAUAAAAGCCAUUCAUAAAAAGAAUAACAAUAAAAUUUCCAAUAUAAUGACCCAAUGUAAAAUUUGCAAGAAGAUAUAGCCUAAAUUCUGCCAGGAGAAUUUUUCUAUAAAAGGGCCAGAUCAAGGUAUUCUUUGGAGCCGUAUGUAAAACAGAGAAGACUACAAAAGAAUAUCCCAGAAAUAUAUAAUCACAAUAUAAUAAGUCUUAUAUAGUCCUACUUACGUAUCCUAAAAAUGGGGAUUAUACCACUGUACGCCAUUCAUACUAGAGCUGGUUCUAAGAUCUAUUAAAUAUGAGUAGGACUAUACAAAAAAAUCAAAUCGACUUUUGGCAUGCAUUAUUGGCUUCCCUAUAUUUUUUAUAGGAUACCUCUGAUUUGUCCGAUUUAAAGGUGUUAAAUUACCUCUUAUUUUUAAUUUCUUGAUUCACUUUCCCACUAAGUCUAAUUGGUUUCAAUUUGUUUCUUUUUUUAUACAUUCUAAUAUUUCUUUGAAGAUAUUUCAUUUAUCCUCAGUGUUUUUUCUCACAAAAUAGUUUAUGCCUGUCGAUAUAUUGUAAAGCUACCCAUAUCUUAUUGAAAUUGACAUUUUAAAACCAAAUGUUUUAGUAUACCCCAUGUACUUUUGCUUUUUUCAGUGUAUUUCAAAAUACACCAUAUUGUAAUCACUAUUUCUUGAAUUAUGGUAAAAAGAUCAACAUUGUUUAUUAGACCUAGGUCCAGACAAGUAUUCUUAGUUGGUACUUGAACCAGUUGUUGGUACUUGAACCAGUUGUGACACGAAGGUGUAAUUUAACAGGUUAAAAAUCCAGAUUUCCCUUGCUGAACUACUAGUUGUCACAUCCUGUUCCUAGCUGCCGGUCAUUCUGGUAUUGGCUUCUGGUAUCCAGUACUCCUUUUACUAUUCUUGUUUAGUUUUUCUUGGUUUUUUGGGGUUUUCUGUUCUAUGUCUGGUUUUCUUUAUGCUGUGUUUUUCUGGGUUCAUUCCUGUAUUCCGUCCUGGAAAUUCCCAGUCUCCAGGGUUCCUUUAAAUGUUUGUUUUAUGUUGCCACACCGGUCUGUUUUCCUUCAUUCCUUUUGUUUCAGUGUUCCUGCAGGCAGCUGUUCAAGUCUUCUGCCCUUUCUUGAUGGUUAGUGCUAUAUAUGUUUUCGUUGGUUGUUUUAGCAUACAUUAGGCAGUGUAGGACCUGCCAGAUAUGGGGUACAUUGGCGUUGUUGGCAGGCUUAUGCAAUGUAUGAUCAUAUAAUGUAACUAAAUCCCCAUGAAUUUCAUAUGUAGGACUAGUUAUGUCUCCUCUUGUUUUACCUUGUAUCUCUUGUCUUGUUUUAUUUUGUCUUGUAUUCCCAGUUCAUGUACAGUCCUGUCCUGUCCUGCCCUGUUCUUGUUUUCCUCAUGUCUUGUGUACAUGUUCUGGGUUCUGCUUUCUAUCCUUCUCCGGUUCUGGGUUCUACUAGUUCUGUCUUGUUUUCAUGUUUGGUGCCUAUCUCUAGUCUUUUCUUGUUUCUGUACUGGAUACAUUCUUGCUGCAGAGCCUCCCUAUUCAGCUCUGGGAGGUCAGCUUAAUUCCUGCUCCUAGCUCCUGGGAGCCGCAUAAGCUGAAUCAGGGUUCUGGUUCCGGACUGCCACCCUGACACUAGUCCAUUUAUCCCAAUUUAUGUCUGGGUAAUUAAUAUCUCCAAUUGUUAACAUGUCUUUCUUUAAAAUAAAUACUAUUUUUAAUAACUAGUUAUUUCAAAUAAGUUUGCAUGUGUUAAUGCGUCUUUCUAUAUUAAUUUGUACAAUCAGACACUAUAACACAUGCAAUCUUUUAUUUUAAUUAAUAAUAAUAAUAAUACAAUGACAGCUUUCAUUUAAAACACACAUCAUGAUAUUUUUCAUAUAUUAUAUUUUCUAGGGCAUGACACUGUUACUGAGACUUUCUUUUACUUCUUUUUUGUACAGAUGGAAAAUGGUACUCUUUCAAUUGCAAUGCUCGACUGCCAUCUAUAUGCACCUUUUAACAAUGUUUUCAAAUUGCUUGCAAUGCCUUCUUCUCUACGUUGGUACUCGAAGACUCUGCUCAUACAUGGCUAUAAACAAAUUCCCUAUAAAGCUGAAUACAAUGAUUUAUGAUGUGUCUCUGUUAUCUGAUAGUUCACUGUGUGCUUAGGUAAAAAUGCUUCUGCAGGACAUUCUCCAUUAUCUUGGACAGGGUUUGAAAGAGCUGCCAAGCAGUGUGUCAGGCCUCCAAACUGUCCUGCUUUUGGUGAAAUAGACCCUAUUUUGGUGUCCUGUCCUGGCUCACGGUUUAGUUCCUGGUGUCCCACAGUACAACACAAAUACAUCAAUAGAUGCACUCGUGCUCUGCGGUGGGCACUAGGAUCAUUCAGAGAGUAGUAGCAAUCUCUGCAUUAUCCUGUAUGUAGGGGAGCAGCCUCAAGGCUGUCUGUCAGCUUGCUGUGCUUGAUACAAGGCUGACCUGCCACUUCAGGUCACUUCAGGGGUGGAUUUACCCGUUGUGGGCAUUGCCAGUGAUGCAAGUUGCAUCAUUAAGACAACCCCUGAAGACCUGCACACUCAUCCUGAAUCCAAACCUUCUAAUACUAUGUACCUCUCAAGGUAUGAUAUGUGAAUUUAUGGGUUUCCUGUAUGACGUUACUGGCACUUGCACUGGUUUCCUGGCAAUAUUCCAUUAAUGGGACACUCUGGGCACCAAUAGAACUUUAAUGCGUUUGAUAGAUUUUGACCUAAUUAAUUUGCUGUAUUUUGUUGCAUGCUCAAAUCUUUAUAGUUUUUGCAGAAUGCGGCACCAUGAGCCUGCCUUCUUAGCCAUGCCCCCUUAUGCCCUACUCUUUCUUAUCAAAAGUAUGCACACAGUCUCAGCCCCAACAGCACUGAGUGAGUUGCUUUAAAUCCACAACCUGGCAGCAAACAGUCAGAGACACUACAAACAGGUAGUGAUAUCCUUACUAUAUGAAACAGGCUUAACGUGCAGCAUUCCUCAAAGCAUUUUUUAAUAUCCAUAAAAGUAUAAAUAUAUAAAGAUUUGAGCAUGCAAACAUACAGCAUAUUAAUGAGGCCAAAACGCAUUAGUAGUAUUGGUGUCUGGAGCGUCUCUUUAACUAAUUUGAAACAUAACAUUUCUAAAACUCCCAGGCAGCACUUUAAAACAGUGGUGCCCAAUAGGUAGAUCCCCAGAUGAUUUAAAACUAUAGCGUCCAUGAUGCUCUGCCAUUCUUAAAGACAUUUUAAAAGCAUGCAAAGCAUCAUGAAAGUUGUAGUUCUACAAAAUAUGGGUCAUCCCUGCUCUAAAAGAAUGCUGAAUUGUGCGACCCACAACAAUUAUUGUGAAAUACCAACAUAGCCACACAUUUGUGGUCCCACCAUCCUGACUUAGUUCCCUAAUGUACUGCAUCCAGGGGCACCAAGGAACUAUCUCCAGCAAGUGCAACGCAAGUGCUUCAUAAGACAAGCUUUCACUGAGGGCACUAGGACCACAAAAUGAGACGUUCAGCAGCUGCUGUUAGUCAGCCUGGAGUGUAUUCCUGCCAAACUGAUUGCCAGUGGUGCAAGUGAUGCUACUUGCAAUGUCACUUUAGGUCUGCCCACCUCCUGUCCUGAGUUCAUAUCUCUUAAUGUUGGGAGUUAUGCUAAUGUAUAUGGAUAACUGUGCUAUCAUUUCGUGUUUACAGAAAGACCAUGUCUGAGAACUUUGUAAAUGAGCUGAGAUUUGUAUAAACGUAAAUGCUUUGCCAAUGCACUAUUAAAAAUUCAAGCAGCAACUCAUCAGUUGUGGAACUAAAUUUCCUUUAUAAUUAAUUUCACAGAAACCCUCUCUUGAAAACAAAAUGGUAUAUUUUUAUUUUUGGUAAUAAUCAUACAUAUUCUAGAACUGCACCAUUAUCCUAUUGGUUUACUUAUAAAUGACUUUUUGUAACUCAAGUUUAAAUGAGACUAGAAGCAUAAAAC